AUGGCACAAGGAGAUGGGAAAUUUUUGGAUUUGUGGCAGAAAUCGGAAAAGAAGUUCGAGAAUCAAAGGAUUUUGUGAGUUUUUUUAUGGGGAUCUCUACAGUACUCUAUAAUUACUGUAGUUUUUAAAAACUUUAUCUUUAACUUUUGAUUGUUGGGUUUCUUCAAAAAUUGGUCUACAGUACACCUGGGUUACUAUAGUUAUCUUUUUUUUUAAUUUUUAAAAUAUGUAAAAAGUUUUCAAAAUUCUGAAAUCUCUUGAAAUGAAUUUUGAUAUACAGUACGCAAUCAUUACUGUAGAUCAUAAAAAUCGAUUUUCCACAACAAAUCUCGAGUUUGUUGAACUCUGAAAUUCAAGUUUAUUUUUUCCAGCGAUUCUCCGGCUACGACAUCUUCAUCUUCAUCUUCUACUCUUUGGUCCAAUUUCUCUCAAAUGUCAUCAUCAGAUCAAGCCCAAUUAAUGUCUAAAUUAUCCGCAAAUUGGCCAUUUUCGUUCGAAAGACGUGCUCUAAAUUGGCCUGUUCAUGCAGGUCUUCUAGCCAAUUGUCUAACUUCAUCACUUAUUGCAACUCGUAUCAAUUCGGAUAUGUUUCUUUUUGAUGCGAAAACGAAAUUCUUGGAAUCUGUUCGAAAAUGUCCAAAAUCUCCAUUUGUUUUUGGUGUUUAUUCGAGUGGUGUCACUUAUUAUAUGCUAUAUCAAAUGUUGAUUACACCCAAAAUAUUCUCGGAAUUAGAUCCUUGUCCAAGUUGUUUGGUGAUUAAUAGUAUUGCGAUUGGAUUGACAACGGGAGUCGCGAUUCCGAUGUUGGCAACACCUUAUUUGGCACAUUAUGUGGUGAGUAUUUCGAUGAGAAAUCUUGGGAUUUUUUUUUUGAUAUUGAAUACAUCUGACAUUAAUAUGAAUUUUUAGUGCGAAAAUUUUUUCUCACAGUAAUUCAAUUCGAUGUUUGCAGCUUAUCAAUCGUGACGUGGCAAAUCCCAACGAUCCUCACGUCAAAAAUCUUCUCGAGUUCAUCACUCUUGGUUGGGAAGGCAGUAAACCGGCCAGACAAAUUUUGCCGAAAAUUGUGGCAUUGCAAAUGGUGGUGGCAUAUGGUGCAAUGUAUGCAUUACUUUGGGGAAGAGAAAGGUGAUUUUUUAAAUUCAGCGCGAAAACUCGCGACACCAAAUAUAUCCAUGAUUACUGUAUAUUUUGUAAGUUUUGUCUGCCACAUGGAAAAUUUUUGGCUCAAGACUACAACUCAUACUGUAUUUUGUGGUCUUCUUAUCUAAUAUAAUAUUUAUAUAAUUUUGUUUUGAACCCUUUGUUUUUCAUGUUAUUUUGAACGGGAACAUUGAUGUUGGGUUUUGGUGCCAAAAACUACAGUAUUCUUGACUGUGUCUCAAAAAUUGUACAGUAACCGAAUUAAAUUAACGCGAAAAAAUCCACGUGGCACCCGAAAAAAUCCCAAUUUUUCACAGAAUGUACAACACUCUGGAUUUGGACCCUGAACUCUCGAAAAAACUCAUCGCCGAUGCUCAAAAUUCCACGUCACUAAAAUCGAAAAUUUUUGAAGUUUUGCGAAAAAUCCCGGUUUUAAAUGGAUUUCUGGAAGAAUCGCCCGAAAAUCAGCGGGUACUGUAGUCAACUUUUUUUUUGUUAUUUAGAAUUUUUAUUUUUGUUAACCAGGAUUUGUUAGAAUAAAAUUUUAGAGUUUUUCUGGAAGAGAGAAAAAGACGCAAAGAAAAAAGUUUUUUUUUGAGCUUGAGCUCAAAAAACAUUUGUUUUCUUUUUCUUUUUGUGUUGUUUUUUGGCUGCUUUUCUGAAAAUCGUUUUUUUCCGUUUUUUUUUGCCGAGCCACUUUUUUGCUCCAUUUUUUGAGAGGAUUUUUUUCUGAGAAAUCGUUUUUUUUUGGAUGUGGAGAGAGAUUAUGUGUUUUUGAUUGCCAAAAUAAAAACAGGAUGUUUGUUUUUUUUUUCGAAUUUGUGCCACGUCAUUUUUGGUGUGAAAUUUUGAGGGAAAAUGACGUGGAUUUCUAUUCUACAAUCAAUGUAAUGCAAGAAGAACUUUUUACAGUAAUACCUGGAAAUUUAGGCGCGAAAUUAUCAAUUUUUCUCGCUUCCCUGCAGUAACUCUGUUUUUUUCGCGCCUAAAUCCCUCAUCUUUUGAUAUUCCUUUUUUCCAGCACAAAAAUAGGGAAAAUGCAAUUUUCUUCCAUUUUUCUCCUUUUCCAAAAGCGAACAUUUCCGGCCAAAAAAAAUAAGAAAAUCUCUUGGGAUUUUCCAGAUUUGUUUCUUGCUGAAAAAUAAACUGAAAAAAAUCCCCAGCUUUUUAGGCGUCCCCAAAAAAGUGCAAUGCUCUUUUUCACCUGAUUUUUUGAUAGCACUAUGCUCCUCUUAUCAACUUUGCGUUCCAAAAAAAUUAAUUUUUAUUACUUAUAAAAUUUUUUCAUUGAAAUGAGCUGGCCACUGGCUCCGCCCCAUUUUUUGCUGCUCAAAUAGUUUUUAUUGAUAAAAAAUAUUCAUUUCUAUAUUUUUGGAAGAAGAAGACUUGUGGGUGCUGUGUGACAAAAAAUAGCACACGGUUAACUCAGGUAAGUCAACACAACAAUUUGAGGCCAAAAAAACAGCAUAUAUCUUCAGAGUCCUCCUUGUUGCACGCCAAAAUCCGCGCAGUUCGUCAAAACCGUUCACCCGACGAGUCACCGCCGCCACGUCCACCUUCUGAUCAAAUUUCGGAGAGGUAAGUCGAAAAUUCGUGGCAAAUAUAUUGCUAAAUCACAUUUACACUUGAAUUUUAUACUGAAAACUGAACAUUCCUCCAGAAAUAUAUACAUCAUUUCUAAGCCCUUGAAAUUCUCUAUCGAAUCAUACUUAAUACUCCCAAAUAUGGUUCGAAGUUCUAUUCAAAAGUCUCCCAAAACGUAAAAUUUUCACACAAAAAAAAGCAUCGAGAAUAUAUACGAGAUUUGUUGCGAGUUUGUCACCGGGCGUCGUGGCGGGCGCCUGUGAGCCAGCUUUUCAAUCGAAAUGGCGGUAGAUGUUUGGAAUGGGGUCAGCUAGUUUAUCCUUUCAAGCCAGUUCCCAGAUACCCAGAUACCUAGAUACCCAGAUACCAAGAUACCAAGAUUUCCAGUUGUCCAGUUAAAGACCCCAGACCACUCAUCGUUUUGUUAUUAUUAUUUUUAAAUAAAAAUAUCACAAACUCAAAAGAAGUUCACAUUUUUUGCAAUUUGCAAUUGAAAAAAAUCAAAAUUUUUCAGAGACAACCCAAAAAUCGUCUAA